GACUUAUUAGGAUUAAUUGUCAGAUCUUGUCUCCUGUCUCAGUAUUUGCUUGCAAUUUUGACUAGCAUAGUUACAAUGUGCUUACAAGGAUUAUGCUGUUUGUGAUAUGUGUAGUUAUUAUAUGAUGGAGGAAAGUUACUAAGAGAAAAUAGUUCUGUGUAUUUUGGUUAUAUGUCACUCUGCCAACAGAAUGAGAUAGAGGAAUGAUGAACGAUCUGGGAUCUAUUGCUCCAUUCACAAAGUAUUAUAUGAAAUGCCAAUGGUUUUGCGUAGAUUCUUAGUUUUAAGUCUUAUAUAGGUAGUUGUUGUGAAGGCUUGCCGUAUGCUGUCAUGCAAAGUCAAUAUACUCUUUAUAAAAAGGCCUCUUUCAAGUUGGGAAACAAUCUAGGUAGAGAUCUUGAUUCUAGAAUUUCCUGUAUGGUACCUGGCUUGUAUACUGAUGGGACUUUUGCUAAAUCAUUUUUUUGCAUGAGGGCUGAAAUUCUAUCUGUCAGUAACAAUACAAGUUUGGGCUAUUUAAAAAUUAACCACACACAACAACCUCCGAAAAUCAGAAGUGUCAUUGAUGGCAAUCUAGGGGAAUUAUCCGAUGAAGAUGAGGAUCUCUGUCCUGUUGAAUGUGUUAGAGAAUUUAGGACUGAUGAAGAGUUCUUCAAAAUUCUUGAAAGGGCGAAAGAAACAGAUUCUUUGGUUGUCGUUGAUUUUUAUCGAACUUCUUGUGGAAGCUGCAAGUAUAUAGAGCAAGGGUUUGCAAAAUUAUGCAGGGGGUCUGGUGAUGAGGAAGCUCCAGUAAUCUUCUUAAAACAUAAUGUGAUUGAUGAGUACGAUGAACAAUCUGAGGUCGCUGAACGGUUAAGAAUAAAGACGGUUCCCCUCUUCCACUUCUACAAAAAUGGAGUUCUACUGGAAGCAUUCCCAACGAGAGACAAAGAGAGGAUUGUUGCAGCCAUUAUGAAAUUCUCAUCAUCCAAAUGAUUAAGCCUAUUAGGUAUUCACGGCUUCUCUUCUGAAGUAAAAUUUUAAGGUAUUUUGGACUGGUCAAAGAUAAGAUCAAACUGCCGUAGAAAGUUAUACAUCUCUAAAAGUUAUAUGUAGUGUACACAAAAAAAACCAUAUUGUGUUUAUGGGUGAACACUGCAUCUAACUGCUUUUAUUUUCUGUUAUGAAUAAUAUCAGUGCUUGUUAAUCA